AUGGCGACGUACCUACUGUUGCAACGCGCACUUAGAAGAGAAAGGGUUUUCCGCGAUAGGAGUCAGCCGCUAGACUCUCUGGAUGACGUGGAUUUGAUCUCACGGUAUAGAUUUCCGAGGAGAGUUCUUUUAGAACUUAUUGAUGCUGUUGAUGCUGUUGAUGCCACAUGUAGACCGGCAACGAAUAGAUCCUACUCUAUUCCCACACAACUGCAGGUGUUGUGCACCUUGCGCUUUAUGGCGAAAGCGGACUUUUUUUCGGAAGUGGGAGAUAUCCACGGUAUAUCCAAGUCUUCAGUCUGCGUGUUUUUACCAAGAGUGUGCCGAGCACUGAAUGCGUUUCUACACAUAGACUUCCCAACAGAUGCCCAAACUCUUUUGAAAAUGAAGGAAGGAUUUUAUGCCAUUGCACAUUUUCCUAAUGUUGUGGGUGCCAUAGAUGGCACGCUUAUUCCUAUUCGGGGCAUGAACGGGGAGGAUGAGCCUGUUUAUGUCUGUCGCAAGAACUUCCAUGCCUUGAAUGUUCAAGGAGUUGUAGAUGCGAACAUGAGGUUCAUUAAUAUCAACUGCCGAUUUCCAGGGAGCACCCAUGAUGCUUAUGUUUUCCAACAUUCGAGCAUUCCUGGUAUCUUGGAGACGUUGCCUGGAGGAGGAUGGCUUUUAGGGGAUUCUGGGUGUCCUCUGAAGGAUUACCUGAUGACUCCUUUCACCAACCCUUCAACGCCUGCUGAAGAACGUUAUAAUGCCGCCCACUGCAAAACCAGGAAUGUGGUGGAGCGUACAUUUGGUGUUCUAAAGGCAAGGUUUAGGUGUUUACACAGCAGUGGAGGAUACCUUCCUUUUAAACCAGAGAAAUGUGCUCUAGUUGUAGAGACAUGUAUGAAGUUGCACAACAAGGCCAUCAACGAGAGAGUACCUUUGCGUAAUGGUGGUGCUGUAGCCAACCAGCACAACAACGCAGUAUACCAGGGAGCAGCCCCACUUAGAGCAAGAAAGCUGAGGCAGCAGUUGGCUUCCAGAUUCUAG